CGGGCGGUGCCGGGCGCCGUGGGGCGUCCCGCGGCCUCCGAGGUGCUGAGCCGGCAUCUGGCGCAGCGCGGCCUGCCGCCCUGGACCUCGUUCUGCGUCAAGUACAGCGCCGUGCGCAACGACCAGUUCGGCCGCUCCCACUUCAACUGGGCCGUGCGCGGCACCAACUACUGCGUGCUGCGCACCGGCUGCUUCCCCUUCGUCAAGUACCACUGCUCCCGCGGGCCGCCGCUGCCCCUGGCCCGCCUCGACGCCGCCCUCGGCGCCAUCAAGAUCAUCAACGCCGGUAUCCCAACCUUAUUAUAUGGAAUUAUCUCCUGGUUCUUUGCCAAUGUCACAGAAACUGUUCACACAAGCUGUGGCCCAGUGACUAUCUAUUUUCUAAAUAAAGAAGAUAAAGGUGCCCUGUACUGAAAUUAUGUAUUCGAUUGCUUCUCAUCUGAGGGAAGAAGUGAAUGUUAGAGUCAGUGAAGAUGAAGAAAUCAACAGCUUUGGAAAAUGAAUUGAUUCUGCUGUCCUCAGAGGUGUUAGCUGUCAAAUCAAUGACUGAAAUACUUAUUAUUGGGAAUAAUGGGUUUUUUUCCUGUUGAUAUACAUUCAGCUAUGAUGAUAAUUGAAAUAUAUCUUUAAGCAAGCAAGUUCUCUAAAAAUGUUACAUAUAAUUAUAAAUGACUUGGAUUUUGGAUUCUAUGUAUACAGUGGAUUCUUUCAGAUUGUGAUUAUCCUUGCAGCUACUCACAGUCUGAAAGUGUCUAUUAUUAUACCAGCCUGUUUUAUACAAAUGUAGUGAAGUGCUCAGUUAAGCACCCAUCCCAAGAUUAAAAUCCACAUGAACAGAAUAUCAUCUGUGUGCAUCUAAACACUCUCAUUUUAAACACAUUUUAAAAACUAAUUAUCAGUUGCUUCCAUCUUUAUCUUUUGGUCCUUGAACUCAGGGUUCUGUGUUUCUUUUGUUGCAUUUAGUUUAUCCCUAACAUGUCCAACAGUCUGAAAGAUGCAGUUCCCUACUCUUCUUUACAGAUUAUUGAUACUGGUAGCCACUGAAAAAAACCGUGUCAUUCUUCUAAGGUCAACUAAAUGUCAUUCUUCUAAGGAAAAACUAAAUGUUUUCACCUAUUAUUAAUAUUCCUAGAUGUUAGUAUUCCUAGAUGAUUGGAGAUUAAAAGAGUACUUAAAUUCAAAACUUGGUGAAGAGAAGGUUUAGUGGGAGCCAGCCAUCAAA